AUGUCGGCGUCCUGUCGGGGCCGCUUCCGCGCAGCACUGCGGUCGCGUUUCAAAGAUUCCUCACUAUCCUUGUCUCCUGCAGCAUUUCCCUCGCCGCCUUGCUUCCCGCCGGCUGCGGCGCCUUGUACUUCUUCUUCCUUUCCGCACUCGUGUGCGUCGUUUCACCCUUGCUUUCCUCCGUCUUGUCACUCUGCCGCUGUGUCUCCUCCGAGCACCGGUCAGCCUGCUUUGCCUUUGACUUGCUGUCUUGCCUGCCCGUCCUGGCCGGCUUUCUGGGGCUUCCUGUCGUACUCGGGUCUCCCUCGGCCCCCUCUGUUCUCUGGGUUUGCUCAGGGGCCUCCCGCCGGCGCCUCGACUUCCUCUGGGCUGUCGCCGUCUGUCUCAGCCCCUUUGUCGCUUUCCUUGUCUCUUUCCGAGCCGUCUGCCGCCUGCGUUGUGGCUGCGCGUUUCGCUCCGCCUUCGCGCUUCUCCUCGCUCACUCGGGCUGGCCAUCGCCCGUCGGCUGCUGCGCUCUCGGGGCCUGAGGCGGCGGCGCGUCUCCGCCGCCUCGCCUUUCCUGAGGAAACGCCUUAUGUGGUGGAGGGGAUAAGCAGUAAUGCGCAGGGUUUGGAGCCCAGAGGUGGGUCGCCUGUGUCUUUUUUGGGGGCGAAGGACACUUCAGAUGCAUCGAGACUCUCGCCUUCUGCUGGCGGGUCGCCUGCCUCCCCCCCGGUGUCGGAGGCGCAGGUAGCGGCGCUUCUCUCGCGGUGCCUGGCGGACCGACACAGCCUGCAGGGAGAGGACGUUCUGUCGCUGCUGCAAACGACUCUCCGUCUCCGCGUCUCCUCCCGGCAGCUGCUCUGCGCCUUGGCUGAGGAGCUCGAGUUUCGGCUGAUUCGACCGCUGAGCCUAGAUAGCUUGUGCGCGGUGUUGAGCGCCUACAGCUUCUUCUUCCCUGGGUCGAUUCACCUCAGCGCCGCCCGCAGGAGCCCCGAGCCGCCGCCGCAAGUCUCCCGCAUGCUGGCGCUUCUGAAGCGAGAAAUGGCGGCGAGACUCGAGCAGCGCAGCCGCAAGAGGCAGUCCACACAAGAACGAGGAAGCGGGCACUCUGCAGGCGAGACGCCUACACAGAGAGAGCAGGGAGGCGCGGCAGCGUGCGCAAGUGAAGGCGCGAGGACGCGAGGCGGGAGGCGAAGCGUCGAAGCGAGGGGGGAAGUGCCCAGCCACGCUGCGAAGAGAAGCAGCCUCGAGGCAGCGCUCGCUGCCCUGGCGCGGCUGGGCUCCGGCAAGCAGAGUGCAGGUACCCUCGCGGCUGAGCUGCAGAGAGAACUCUGUGAGCUGAUGGACAUCGAUCGUCUUGCUUUCGCAGAGACAGAAGGCGCCCAGAGAUUGCCCUCCAGCGACGAGAAAAGGACGCAGGCGGAGGGUGGUGCAGCGCCGCCCGAGACGCCGCGAGCAUCUGCGCCCUCCACGAGCCCUGUCCCCCGCCCCAAUCCGCGCGCGCGGCCGCCGUCUGGCCUGUCUACGCGGGUGGUCACUUCCGCGUCAUUCGGCGCAUCUUCUUCGCGAGUGUGCGCCUCGACGGCUGUCUCCGCCUCUGCGGCGCCUCAGCGGGCCGCCGAGCCAGCCGCGGUGCUGCGAGAGAGAGGCGCCCUGGCGGCUGCGCUCGCGACCCUGCGGACGGCCAGCCCUGGCCUCGUGCGGCGCCUCGUGGAGGACGUUUCAGCUGCUCUGGAUCGCCUCGGGGGGCGCGUGGAAGCAGAGAGGCCCUUCGCCGCUCCUGCGCAUAUACUAGCUUCCUCUGCUGCGACUUCCGCGACUUCUGCGGCGUCGCCAGCGCAAGCUGUCCCUGAGCGAGAGGGUCGCGACGCGAAGGAAGACACAAAGGAGACGAUGCAGAUCGCCGCCAGGUCGUUGCAGGCUGUGCUGAAGCUCUGCUCGGAGAACGGGUACCGCGCGGAGCCCCUGCGCGCGUCUCUGUGGAGACUCGAAGAGCCCUCGCAGGCGCUCGGACAGUCGCUAUCGCCGGCGGAGUUGCUUCGGCUCCUCUCGGCGCUCUGCGAGGAAGACGUGAAGAAAAGCGUGCUGCGUAGUUGGAGCGACGCCGCAGAGAGCCAGCAGCUGUGCACCGGAGUAGAGGACGACGCGGCACGCUCGAGGGCGUCGCAGCCUGAGCUCCUGGAAGGGCCUUUCGUCCUCUUCACGCUUCGCGCUUUACCCUCCCUCGCAGCCGCCAGCGACGACGCCUUUGACGAGCUCUCGCCUCGCGGCCUGCUCCUGCUCCUGGCGCUUCUCCCCAAGUUGAACAGAGACCUCCAGGUUCGCGCGCGCUGGGCCGCGCCCGGGUCCUCUGAAUCCUCGUUGCCCAGAGCGCUGGACGCGACCGCGGGCGCGCGGCUGCCGGCCCCGCUCACCAGCGCCUUCGCGCCUGUCGCGUCUGCCGCGCGGCUACCGCAGGGCGAGCAGGAGGAGGAAGCUUGCGAGGGACUAGACGAACGCGUCGAAGAGACGCUUCAAGAAUUCGGGGAAGCGCUCGCUCGCGCCGCCGUCGCCAAAGCCGCGGACUGCACACCGGCGGAUCUGCUCCUGGGCCUGGCCGCUGUCGAACAGCUCGAGAGGCACCGGAGCGGCUUGUUUUUCUCUGGAGCUCGCUGGCGGUCGACGCCGUCCUUCUCCUUCGUCGCCGACUGCUUCCUCCGGUCUCUGCUGCGAAGAUGGAAAGCUGCCAGGGGCAAGCCCCUGCUUCCAAACGCCUCGCAACGAGCGCGGCUCGCGGAUCUGCUGACUCAGCUAGGCCUUCGCGAGAAGGCUGGGGCCCUGCUGGACGCGCUGACGGACGCGCGCGGGUCGGCGGAGUCCGGCGCGAGGGCGUCGAGGAGUCGCUCGGCGCCGCGCGGCCGUGCGCAUGACCGCCGCGAAGACGACGCUGCGUCCGAUGACGACGAGGGCGCGGCAGAGGAGGCGAGCCGCGGAAAAGCCGACUGCGACCGGCGUCCUCUCGGCCUUCGGACCGAAGUCGCUGUUUCAGACGAGCAGCGGAGACGCAACCUGGGGCUGCUGGAUCGCUCCUCUCUCCCCUUUCUGGACGAGGACUUCACGCGGCCAGGCCUCUCGCAGGCGUCUCGGGGCGCCUUGCGCAGAGAAGCGACCGCCAAACGGGGCGGCGCGCGGACCGACACGGAGGAGGCGCGCGCGGCGAAGGGAGAGGAGGCGAGGACGGCGGCGGAAGAGGGUGACGACGAGGCGGAAGAAGGCGCAUGGGAGAGCCCCUUCCGCGCUGCGCGGAUGCUUGUAAGGGACCGGGACGAAGAAGGACGCGUCUUGUCUCUUCUCGGCGAGUCGCUAGUUGCCGGCGUCGAGCCGCCGGGGAUGAGGAAGAGUGCGAGGUUCCCUUCUACAGAUGCGUUUUCGGCCGCUGCGGAUGCCGCGCUCUCCCCUCCGGGGCGGCCUGCACGGUCUGGCAUCGCCGCAAAGGAAGCGCGGCCCUUUGCGCCCGACAGCUUCUUCAGCUGCGACGCGGAAGACAGAGAAGAAGAGGGCGAGUUCUCGUUUCGGUCGUCGUCGUUUCUCUUCGCAGACGAGGGCUCAGAGGCGUUUCAGACGUCCUCAACUGCCACGAAAGGCGGCAGGGCAGGCGCGUCGCAGCAGGCCAUCGCCGAGACGCGUAGCCUCGUAGACCAGGCUGGAGCGUCCUCGCAAAAUGCCUCCACAAAAGGCCACGGACCGAACUCCCAGCGGAAGGGGCACCAGUGGUGGGAGGCCUCCGCCGAGAACGCGGGCGAGCGCGGAAAAGGACGCGCAGAGUAA